AGCGAAAAUGAAAAAUAACAUGCACCCCCUGCUAAAGAUCAUUCUUUUCAAUUUUGUUCUAUGGCACACCGUUGAAGGUGCACCAGCGCAAACCAAAUGGGGAGGAUCUGAGGGAGAACACGGAGGAUCUGAAGAAUUGAAAAAAUGUUUCACCACUUUGAAAGAAAUGUUCAGCAAAGGAGAGACCGCGAAUCCUUCGUCCAAAUGGGAAGGUGGAUCAGAAGGCGGUCACGAAGUUACUGAAGAGGUGAAAAAAUGUUUCACCCUUAUGACAGCAACGUUCAGCAAAGAUAAGAACACGGAAUCUUUGUCAAAAAGGGAAGCUGAAUCAGAAGGCGGCCACGUAGAAGCUGAAGAAUUUAAAAAAUGUUUCACCACUUUGACAGAAAUGUUCAGCAAAGGAAAGGUCGGGAAUUAUUUCUCCAAAAGGGAAGCCGGAUUAGAAGGCGGUCAAGGAGCUUCUGAAGAGGUGAAAAAAUGUUUCACUGUUAUAACAGCAAUGUUCAGCAAAGACAAGAACAAGGAAUCUUUGUCUAAAAGGGAAGCUGAAUCAGAAGGCGAAGCUAGAUCUAUCAAAGUAAUGUUAGAAUUGCUUAACAAGUUGGGAGGAGGGAGCAGCCAAAGCGGGGGCUCCAGGUCUCUGUGCAAAAAGAAAGGUGAAUCUGAAGGCGGCCACGUAGAAGCGGAGGAAUUGAAAAAAUGUUUCACCACUUUGACAGAAAUGUUCAACCAAGGAAAGUUCGGGAAUUAUUUCUCCAAAAGGGAAGCUGGAUCAGAAGGCGGUCAAGGAGUUACAGAAGAGAUGAAAAAAUGUUUCACCCUUAUGACAGCAACGUUCAGCAAAGAUAAGAACACGGAAUCUUUGUUCAAAAGGGAAGCGGAAUCGAAAGACAGUGACGCGAAAGUUGACUCAUUUAAAGAUUUGUACACCAGGGUGAAUAGGUUUUUCAGGAAAGAACAGAGCGCGAAUCCUGUGUCCAAAAGAGAAGCUGAAUCAGAAGGCGGUCAUGGACAAACCGAAGAAUUCAAAAAAUGUUUCACCACUGUCACAGAAAUGUUCAGCAAAGGAAAGGUUGGGAAUUAUUUGUCAAAAAGGGAAGCUGAAUCAGAAGGCGGUCACGGAGAAACCGAAGAAUUGAAAAAGUGUUUUACUAUAUUCACUGAAAUGUUCAGCAAAAGUCCGAAAGGGUUGUCUUUAUCUAAAAGAGACGCUCAAUCCGACAAAGAAAAAACCCCCAACCACUCUUCGCAAAUAUUGUCUGCAGUGUCGGAAGUAUUCGACGAAUACGGAAAGCAACAACUAGAUGACGAUUCGCAGGUUUUCGCCAGAUGAACUCAACGUUGAAAUUCCACUAAAUACCCACAACUGGAAAAAUCGUGUCGAAAAGGUGAAUAAUCCAUCAUGCAAGGGGAUAGCAACUGAUUACAACACAAUUGAACAAUUAUUGAAACAUGUAUCAAAGGCACAAUAUAAUUUUGAAUUCAU